CUGGUAUAUACCUUUAAGACAUGAAUAUUUUACCGUCUUAUUUCAUACAGCACACAGGCAGACCAGUUCGAAGCAGCCAAGGGCGUUGUUGAUAAAGUUCUUGCAAUAGAGACUGAGGAACUGGGUUCUGAACCAGAGAGACUAGUGAAGCUUUAUGAGUUGAGUGCGAAUCUCUCUGAUGAGAUUCGCAAUCUCCAUAAUAGUACCGGUACUUACAUCAAGUUAGAACAGAUCUCCUACUUGAGACCUACCAUCGACUACUACAGGAAGUCUGUUGCAAUCAGAGAAACGUUAGAAGGACCCUCUCACAAGUUCAAGUUAGCACACGUGCUGAUGCGGCUUGCUUUCGCCCUGUAUACUUGGAUAGAGUGUAGAGGAGGAGAUGAUACGCUCUCUCCAGCUGAAGCUGAUGAUGAACCUAAGAAACACGUAGAAAGGUCCAUUCAGAUGUUCAAAGAGAUUGGAGACCUCGGUAAAGAAGCGGCAGCCAGCAUGGUCAAGGGUCACCUUUGUCGAGAUGGCAGUAAAGAACAGAGAGAGUGGUACCAGAUAGCCCUUGAACAGUGUCAGCAAGCCCUUGGAGAGAAAUGCAAACUCAUGGAACUUAUCAUUAGCAGUAUAGGUAUUUACUACGAAGACAAAAAAAACUACUCUUCAGCUUAUGACUACUUCUUGAAAUCGCGUCAGCUCUGUAUUGAGGUGUUAGGGGAUGGUCACCAGCGCACAAUCUUAGCUAACUCCUAUCUGAGCCAUCCUUACUACAGACGGAUCGCAAAGACCAAGGCUGCCAAGCCUGCCAAGCCCUCUCAGCCCUCUCAGCCCAGUGAUGGAAAGAAGAAGAGGAAAAGGAAGGACAAUUAUGGAAUCUACAUCUACAAAGUCCUCAAGCAGGUUCAUCCGGAUACCAGUAUCUCCAGUCGGGCCAUGAUCAUCAUGAACAGCUUCAUGAACGACAUCUUUGAGCAAAUUGCUGUCGAAUCUUCCCGCCUCGCUCAGCACAACAAGAAGUCAACCAUCAGCAGUCGCGAGAUUCAGACCGCCGUCCGCCUUAUUUUCCCCAGAGAGCUGGCAAAGCACGCUGUGAGCGAGGGUUCCAAAGCAGUGACAAAAUACACUACCUCCAAAUAGACGGGUCAUAUCUUGCUCUGAUCGAACAGACAACGGCCCUUUGCAGGGCCACACAAGAUGAGGGAGGUGUGAGUUGGUCUAGCGGCAUGCAUGUUCACGCUUAAAGUGAGAGAAUGAAUUGAAUGUAUCAAAUGAAAUACAUUGCAUAUGCUUUUUGCAGAAGCAAAUGGCACAGACACACACGUGCGCGCACAAAUGUUCGUUGAUAUUUGAUAUGUGUGGCAUGAUUUUGGUAGAAAUGUUAUGUGGAUCCGCAAAGACCGAAUUAAUACUAAAAUCCCAAUUGUUUUAUUCAAAUAUCACAUAAGCAUCUUUGGCGCAAGUCGAUUUUUGCACUCUCUACAAUGCCUCAUAUUCGUCCAACCGUGAACAUGAUACCAAAUGAUUUGGGAUAAAACACUCUUUCAUAAGAUGUAUAAUAAUGUACUGUCCAUAGAUGAUUUCUAAAAUAAUAAGCAAUUUUCUAGGUGUAAACUUUUUUUUUGACUCACACUGUAUAGAGGAUUAGAGGAGUACAUUACACAAUCAUAUCUGAUAGUAUUAAUUCAUUUUAGAGCUGUAAUAUUUAAUGCCUGCUGUGUAUGGUUAUAUGCAUCUGGUUAAAACCACACACUCUGUUCUGUAUAUUAAGAAUUUGUUGUACUAGAAGAUGCUUCAGCAAUAACUGUGUGUGAACAUAAAGAGGAAUCUAUAGAUAAUACCUGUAAAGUUUAUGAAUUGUGAAUGACCUGUCUUUCAAAUUGUGAGAUUGUGGCAAUACCUUAUACUCGAUGAUGUUCUUGUGUAUGUACCAUAAUAUAGAUAUAGAUAAUAUCACCAUGAAGCUAAUUUCAAUCUUUGUAGAUAAACUGGAUUUUUCAACAUAUGGUUUACUUUUAUAUAGUGUAGUUUUACCCAGUGCAAUAAUUUUGUGUUUAACAAGAUUAUGAAUAUGUAGGAUUUUGUUCUUAUCCAAACUUAGGUGUAAAAUAUUGAUUCUAAUAUUGAGCAAGCAAGUGCCCAUUGUUAAGCAAAGAUUUGAAAAGAUUUUGAAUAAUGUAGUGUUUUGUUCUUAGCCGAACUCUCAUGUCAAAAGAUCAAUAUUGGUUUCAUCCUUUGGCAAUCUAGUGGCUCCCCAUUAGCAGAGUUUGAAUUAAAGAAUUAAUAUCUAUUUUUAUCUUUGAGCAAACUUGUUGCUCCUCAUAUCAAAGCAUAUUUUUGAAUGAAUGAAUAACUAUUUUCCGUACACCAAACCAUGAGGAAAUGUUGGAUGUCAGACCUGCUUCUGGAGGCACUAUUCAUGUAGUAACAGGCUAACUUUGAAUCAUUGGGUCAUGUAGGGUGGUCGUGUUGUUACACGACCUUUUGUAAAUUGAAAGCGCAAGAUCUUGUGAAGAUCGAUGCAACUUCACUUGUUUAACAUGCUGGAGUGCAUUUUCCCCAAUUUUGUAUAAACCUGUUUUAGUUACAUAUAGGCUGUAGCUUCAAACUGAUGGAUGCAUAUCAUCUGCAAUACCGUAGACCCUAUCUAUUAUUGAUACAGAUCGGGGAGGUCGAUGGCUCUUUAGGGAUGCUGGUCCGUAAAAUUUGCGCAUUGAUAAAAGUUAGUUCUUUCUUUCAGCAUAUAAAUACGAUAUUUAUUAUAAUGCUACAUGAAUGCCACUUUAUAUUGUAACAUAGCAGGUUGUAUACCCCCCCCCCCCUCCCAUGGCUCGUAUUUAAUGAAUUGCGAUAAUGACCA